AAUGUCAUUUUAUUAAAAAUAAAAUAGCAGUUUUUUUCGGUCUUUAGUAGUUUAAUAGUUUAAUACAUUAAAAAUUGUGGAUAUAAAAAGAUAAGUAUAUAAUAUAAUAUCAAACAAAAAGGCAAACAGUCAAAAUGAUGAACCAAUACUUAAAAGAACUUGAACAGGAUCCUUUUGACCCAGAUGAGUUUGUGGAAAGAAUGGUUCGUCGCAGCAUGCAGGAAAGUCGUCUGAAGGACGAUCAAUUUGACCCAGAAAUGAUACAUGACAUUUUUACUCAAGCUAUACAAGAUUUGAAAGUUCUACAGGAAAGACAGGAAAGAAAAUGUGCUAGAUUAGAACAAGCGGUGCAGGAGGAAGAAAAAAUAUAUGCAGCAAAGCUUGCUGAAAUUAUGGAUCAACAUUCGCACUGCGUAAAUGUAUUCAGUUCCUUAGAUGAAAGAAUGUCCCGUUGUGGGGGAAAAGCACUCGAUGUUGGAGAGAAACUCGGUGCUGCAAGGGCCCCCAGAGCAAGAGCAGCGGCUGCAAGGGAUCUUUUGUCACACCUUGCCAAUUUCCUUAGCCCUGGACCAGUACUCACUGACUUAUUUAAUGACCCAAAUAAGCUGAAUGAAGCAGCAGAUGUUAUACAAAAGCUAUACACUAUAGCUCAAGAAUUACCACCGGACAAGUUUGAAGUUGCUAAGAAAAAGAUAGAGGCAAAGUACGAUGAAAUAGAAAGAAACUUAAUUGAAGAGUUUGUCAAGGCUCAGAACCAGAACAACAUAGCCAAGAUGAAGGAUAUCGCUAAUAUCAUGACAAACUUCAAAGGAUACUCGCAGUGUGUUGACGCUUAUAUAGAAACAAGUCAAAUGAACACUUUACUGGGUAAGGACAUAUUUGUCGCAGUACUUCCGUUGUGUAAAAAGAACUACACAGUUAUAAGUAAUGUAUUCCCCAAUCCGGAUCAGGUGAUGAGUAAGUUUGUACUUAACAUCUUUCAUCUGAAGCUACAGAAGUACAUACAAACCAAACUGGCUGACAAGAACGAUUUGGAGAAAUAUUUACGUAACUUAUAUGAUAUGUAUACAAGUACACAGAAAGUAUGCGAUGAAUUAGUAGAAGCGAACCUUGUAGCUGCAGAUGGCAAUACUUCAUCUGGUGAUUUGAGACGAGAGGCACUUGUGAACGGAGCUAUGGCAGGAGCGACUGACGGAUACCCUGCGUUAGAGAUACGUCGCCUUAAAGCUGUGUUCUCGAACGCUUUGAAUGCUUAUUAUAAUGAAAAGCAACAUGUUAAAAAGCAGAUUCAGGGUGGUGGUUUUCAAGAACUUAGACGCGAUUUGCAAGCAGUAAUAGGAACACGUGCGAACAUCAACAUCGCACAAAUUGAAAAUUACGGCGGCGAAACAUUUCUUAGUGAACAGCUUGUUCAGAAAAUGUUAAAUGAUUCAAAAACUUCUUUCACUAGAUGCAAAACUCUAUGUACUCCAAACGAGCUGCCCGGGACCACGAUAGCGUUACUAGAUGUGCUAAUCCAACAUUUAUUGAUAGAACAUGUUGACUACGCUCUAGAUUUGGGUCUGCAAUCCAUUCCCAUUGCUGAGAACAAAUCACCACCACAAAUUUAUUUCUUUGAUACGGUGAAUCAAGCAAACAAAAUAGUAAAAUUAUUUGCAGAACACUUUCAAGAAUCAGUGCUGCCUUGUAUGAGUAAACAAGGAGAAUGCAUCCAACGGAAGAACACAAUAACUGAGCAAUUGGAGAACAAGCUGGACGCUGGUCUGGAGCGAGCCAUCGCCGCCAUCGUGGGCUGGGUCAAGCUGCACCUGCAGACUGAACAGAAGAAGACUGACUUCAAGCCCGAGGGAGACAUCGACACACUGGCGUCACCGGCCUGCAUAGCAGUGGUGUCCUACCUCAACACCGUGAUGGAUAAAAUCCACUCCGAGCUGGAGGGCGAAAACUUGAACUCCGUUUCCUUGGAGCUAGCCGUUCGUCUGCAUCGGGUUAUAUAUGAGCAUCUACAAAACUUCCAGUUCAAUUCUGCAGGCGCAAUGAUAGCGAUAUGCGACGUGAAGGAGUACCGGUCGGCGGUGUGCGGGCGCGGUCGCAGCGCGCCGGCGCCCGCGCACGCGCUGUUCGACGCGCUGCACGCGCUCUGCAACCUGCUGCUCGUGAAGCCGGAGAACCUGCACCAGGUGUGCGAGGGGGAGACGCUGGCGGAGCUGGACCACUCAAUUUUACACAACUUCAUACAACUGCGGUCGGACUACAAGAGUCAUAAGUUAUCAAGCUUUCUCAAGGGACUCUCGUAAUUUAUUGUUUAUACAUCAAGAAGUAUUAAUAGGCUUAAUUAAUAAUAUGAAAGUGAUAAACUGUUGAUUUGUAUAAAAUUAUUCAAGCAUAAUAUACAAUUUGUAAUCAA